GCUGGAGGACGUUCAUUCAUUCAGCUGCUUGCUCCUGCGCUGAUCCAUUCCGUGAUUCAUUCGUGCAGCUAAGAACGUUCACCCAUUCACUCAGUCGUUCACUGGUUGAUUUGCCCCGUGCGUAUAAUAGCUGAAACAGCCUCUCCAACUUGGUAAGAGCCGUGUUUCCGUUAGGUGAAAGGGUACACCGAAGAACGCACAUUUACGCACUCGCUCAUUCAGCCCUUCAUUGAUUGAUUCAUUCACAACACCUGUGAACACGGUUCUGCCUGGUAGGAUUGGGUUUAACGCUCGUCUUCUCAGGUUUCGCAUUAAGAACAUUCGUUCUCACUCACGACUUGUAAAUACUCCUGGAAGGAGUAAUCAGUUAAUUAGGUCGUUUACAAUUAGCUUCGAGAUUUGCAGCAAUCGUACGAUCAAUCUGUCCAGCUUUCUACAACCGGAGAACACAACGCAGCUCCACAAUUCGGUUCGUUGACGCGAAGUUUUGCCCGCCUCUAAAGUGACAAACCAACUUGCAUGCAUCGGUCGAUUUGCGUGCGUUUCGAAUUGAUCGUUACGAGCACACCGAUGAGUUCCGUCAAUUCGUUAACUUCCGACGUCUAUUUUAAUUAACACACACACACGCGCGCGCGCGCCGCGCUUCAAUUUAUAACCCAUCGCUCAAUUCGCUCGAUCUCUCAAAAACCUUCCGGGCGAUUUUUCACCUUCGCUCCAAAAAAAUGUUCCUGGACCAAGUCCUCUGCUGCAACACGCUGGGCCGUCUUUGCUCCUUCCUGCCGCUCUGCGACGCCUCUUCCCGCAAGGAGCUCGGCUCCAGCGGGUCUCGUCAACGUCGGUGCGGAGGCGAGACCCUUCGCGGGUCACCAUGGAGGUGUCAGCAACAGCAGCAGCAGCAGCAGCGGCAGCCGAACGGUGUCUGCAGCUCUGGCCCCGUGAGCAGUGGACCCCACUACUCCUCGGCGCCCCAGGGUGACGCGGACACAACGGGAGCCCUCGCUAGGACCUUGGCUAUGAUCGAGGCCAAUGAAGUGAAGGGAGUUCGCCUGCGCUGGCGAGGCUCAGAGCCGCUCAUCGAGUUCUGCCUGGAUCUUCAAGGGGAGGUCUCCGAGGCUGAGGCGGUGUCUGCAGGAGUCGAGGAAGCUCCCGGCGGCGGCCAGGAGGCCCGGGCGACGAUCGAGGGAGCGGCAGAGUCGUGUGGAGCACUCAACCCGCUCGUGCCAUUCCCGACGCACAUUUUCCACCUGGAGGAGGUGUUCGCUGCGGUGCGGUGGGACGACGUCUCGUCUUCGGAAGAUUUUUGCUCCGAACUUGAUGAAGGCAGGAGGGCGUACUUCUCUGAGCUCGCUCUUCAAUACAAAUACCGCGAGCCGGCGCCCGCGCUGCAGUACUCGGCACGGGAGAGCGCCGCGUGGCGGAGCGCCCUGGAGGCGGCCCUGCGGAGUGCCCCCGGGGCAGAGCCGGAGCUCCGCGCGGCCCUGGAGGAGCUCACGGUCACCGCCUACUGCGCGAGCGAGGUUCCGCAGGCGAGCCACGUGUCGCAGCUGCUGCACGGUCACACCGGCUUCUCUCUGUGGCCCGUGCCGGGCACUCCGCCCGCCCGCGCCCUCCUCUCGGCCCUGGCCUUCCGCGUGCUGCCCUGCUCCCUCCACGCGUGUCCCGGAAGCGUCGCGCACCCAGCGCACCGCACGGACGUGUGCGGACUUCUGCUCGGGCUCGUGCCGCUUCUCACGAUCGGCCCAGUGGCGCGUGCCGUGCAGGACAUGGGACUCGCCUCUCUGGGCUCCUCAAACGCCGACGUGCAGCUCCUCGCAAAGAGUUUCUACAGCGUGUGCGAGUUCGCACUCCGUCAGGCGGGUCUCCCCGUCUGCUCGGAACCCGGAGACCCUGUGGGUCCCCACGACGUCGCCAUCACAAGCCUGGAAGACGCGCUGUCUCAUGCGAGUUGGCAGGCAGCGGAGUGCACGGCGCGGCGCGGCUGGGCCCUGCGCUAUGAGCCGUACUCCCAGGGCGUGCGCACCCUGCGGGAUCCGGCGAGUGUGGCCCAGGCUGUCGCCGACCUCCGUGACCGGCUCUACCCAGCCUACACGGCUCUCAACGAGCUCUCCGUGAGCGGGGCCGCGUGAUGCUCCAAGUCUCAACUCGUCCGCCGUAGUGGGAGAAUAUUAAGGAGGUUUGUUGUUGUUGUUGGCGUUGGCGUUAGAUUCGAUGGACAAGCCUGAUGAAAAAAGUGUUAUGGCCUGCUAGCCAUCAAUAAAGUACUGGCUGGCUCAGAAAUGAUUACCUGGGACUAAACGAUGACCAGUAUGAAAUUAAAGCUGUGAUUCCAGAUCGAGUCAGUAUUAGGGUAUGAUGGUAAGGAAUUAUUUUAGGGAUGGACGCGUGCCAAAGGGAUAUGUUUAGAGGAAACGGUAGGGUUAAGGGUAGGUACAGCAUUUAAGUUUGAGUGAUUGCGUGGUUAGAACUGGUUGCCUGGGUUUGGUUUCGGAGAGCGUCAAUGUCGUGUUAGCGAUCAGGGUUCAUAAACCAAUCAUACUCUUGAUUCAUUCGGUAAAGUCACAUAGGUAAAGAAAAUAAUAAAUAAAUAAAAAAAGAUAAAAACUAAAUAAAUUAAAUCACGACGUUUCGAUUGCAACACAAGCAAUCAUUUAUUGACGAAACGUCGUGAUUUUAUUUAUUUAUUUUUAUCUUUCAUUUUUAUUUAUUAUUUUCUUUACCUACGUGACUUUACCGAAAUAACCAAGAAUAUGGAUCCUUGCAGUCACGAAAACUUCAAAUCUAGAAUGGACCAAUCAUAGGCAAGCAGUUUCCACUGUCAACAAAUCUCAAGCGGGCAGCUUCGGUCCCUAUCAUCACCUUAGAGAGCCGUGCCAAGCCCGACUGCUAAGCCACCAAACCUACGACUGCGAGCACGUGCGUGCCACGUCGCUUAGGUAUGCAAAGUAACGGUGAAGCAUUUCAAUGAGCCCGGUCCCAGAGAAAGACAUGCUGCUCCCAUCUGCUUCGUAGUACAUAGUGGAACCGUAUGCCAGAGGUAGGCGAAUUCACGUAUAAGUAUUUUAACAACAUGACUUUGAAUCCACGUGUCCAUGUAUUCUAGCAACUAGAUUCUAAAGCUUGGGGCACAAGCUGUUUGAAAUUGCUCACAAUCAUAUGUAAUGUCUGACAUAAUAUUGCCAUUUGCACAACACUGCUAUUAUCACAGUGUCUUUGAUGUUAACAUUUCAGCGGAUCAGAUGGCACAUCUUAUUGCUCGUAAAUUAUUAAGGUGGCAUAUGCUGUGUUUUGGUACGCGUCUGUAUAACACUAUAACGAUCAGGCAUCGUCAUUCACAUUGUGCGAGCGACUGGAAUAUGAUCCCGACCAGGAUCAAUGAUCUCAGAUUUCACAAGCACUGUAAGUUGAUAUCACUUGUAUGGUUGUCAUAAACACACACCCGAGUCCCAUCUUAAUGGUUCUUAAUCAGCAAGCUUAUCUUAGAUUGAAUAUUAAACGAAUUACUUGGCGAUGUCGCAUUGGAGGGCUAUCGCCAGAAAUGUUGCCCAUUGUAUAUUUUUUCUCGCAUGGCGGUGUUAUUGACGAAUGUGUGGAGUUGUAUUUGAUUGAACUGGAAGAUGUGGCUGUAUCGAAGAAUGCUGAAAAUCCCAUGGACAGCCAAAACCACCAAUACACAAGUUCUGCAAGAUAUGGGCACUGACAGGCAACUGCUGAAGACCAUCAUUAGCAGGAAGUGUUACUACCUAGGCCACAUUGCCCGAAACGACCACAAAUACCAGCUAUUAAAGCAAAUCCUGGAAGGAAAAAUCGAAGGGAAAAAACGACCAGGACGGCCAAAAACGACAUGGCUCAGUAGCAUCAAAACAUGGCUACAAUUAACAACAGCAGCACAAACUCUACACGCCGUGCUAGACCGGGACCAAUAUCAUCGUGAAGUCGCACACGCCGUUAGGCAGCACUCAAGAAGAAGAAGAACUGGGAUACCAUAAUAGAGAGGGGUUUUUUUUGGGUUAGAUCGCGUAAAUAUGAAUGUGCCGCUAAACUUGCCACCACCACCCGACACAGCCAAUUAUUAAGGUGUAUCACGUCAACAAAACAUGACAAUUGUUUAUUGAUACAGCAGCACACCGGAGUAUUUGAGAGUAAACUCACAACAUUUGCAAUUUGAGCACGACAUUUCGCCGGUAAUUAUAACAGCCAGCCUCAUUAGGCGGCAGCCAGAACAUGGAAUACCAUUGUUAUUUUAGAACAUGUUCAAUGUGUGUGUCAGUAUCCUGCCCUGUGCAUCGCUGUACCCUUUUAAACACCCCGUUCCCGAUUUUGUCUACAACGCUUCGUAUGUCAAACUUGAAACAAAAACAUGAAUACAGACUCUUUAAAAUCGCUUAACCCUAAUCUGGUCAUUUCUUUCCGAGCACUGUCGACAUGCAAUUGGAGUAAAAUUAAAACGGGCAGAAUAUUUCCCCGGUUACGUUGUGAAUUCCGGUUCACCAAUGCAUAUGUGAGUCACAUGGACAUUAGUGCUCCUUCAAACUCGCGACGCAACAUUACAUUUGACCUUUAGGUAAAUUUCAAGUGGUUUACGUAAUGCAUUGAAAACCCACCCUGACAACAAUACAUCUCUUGACCUGCACACAACUUCCUCCUACAUAAUGCACGAUCCUACCCAACCACACAAAGCCUUCAACUACCUCCAACAUACUCCAUUCCCAUGACACCUGUGAACUUAAUUUUAGGAGCGUUCACCUCGAGACCCCACAUUGUCCAUCUCUGGCACUUACAUUUGCCAAGAGCUACAUUGCCUCGGCCAUUGUCAUGGCUGACAAACCCAAAGCAUCUGCGUAUUGUCAAAUAUGUCAAGUGCAAAUAACCCAAUGCCACAAUGUCUGUGGUUUGCUGACUUGCCUGUUCAUGCAUCAACUGGUGACCAAUGCUUUUCUGGCAUCUCAGCAGCCAACGCCACGCAUUGCUCCUCCUCAUACUUUGUCACAUUUGAGCUGUUUUGCUGACGUUGAAAAAAUAUAUUUUACGUUCGUUUUUUCCCCACUUAAGAAAUAUCUUCCCGUUAUAAAUAACAAUUUCUGCUACUACUUGAUGUUUAUCAUUGAUCUCGCCGAGUUUUUACAGUCUCGUCUUAUUUGCUUGGAGAGAAAAGGCAGUCGCGGCAACUAGAUCCUCUUCAUCGCGAUAACUUGUUGAGCGUGAUGUGGUUCAGUGAAAGUGUCAAAACAGCUGGAAGUUUCUCGACUCUCAACCAAAUCGCGUUUCACUUUCACGGAGACAAAUCCCAACGGCAGCAUCAGGCGCGACCAUUGUACGUACACCUCUAUGGCUUUUACCGUGAAGUCACUUCAUUGCUUAAAUAGUGAAUUGUAUAAGUCGGCAAUUUGUUCACGUUCCACAUUGAAGUGUUUGGCAGUAUGCCGUAGCUUUUGUAUUUACAACUAAAGUGAGACACCUUUUAAAGCCAAUUCGCUGCAUUAAAAAGGCCGCUUGACAUUGGGGUUGUCACCUCCGAAGUCCAAACAUCUCGGACGCGUCAUGGGAAGAAGAAUACCUAUCUCGCGAUGCCAUGAGAGAGGCUGAACAACUACAUGUGUAUCAAUGCUCAGUCGCAAGUGGGGUAUUAUGACCCCGUGGUAAACGACUCGCAGAAGAUUUUCCCAGAGUGGCCACCUCAAAAAAAUAGGACCAAGUCCUUUGAAACCCAGGACAGGCGUGUGACCCUUCGCCGCAAUGAAUUGCGUGUCAACAUUUGCAUAAUUUAGCAAGCUUGUUGUAUAACGGUGUUUGCGUGACAUUUAGACGG